CUACAGUAAGGACCCGGAUGCUGAUGUUGCGAGGGAGGGAGGGAGAGAGAGAGAGAGAGAGAGAGACUGAGAGGGAUGCUGCAGAAAAAGGGAGGCUGAGGAAAAUUCAGGAUGGCAAGAAUGCGACUCCGCUAGAUACGGCCCGGUGCAGUAGAAGAACGCUAAGCUGCCUGCCAGACCUGGAAAAUGCUAGAAUAGGAAGGCACGAGAAGUGGGGCAACGCGCGAGGAUGCGCUCGCAUUGGCAAUGACAGAGUGUUUUUCUCCUGCAUCCCUGGGCCCGGGUCUGAGCUUUUUGCAGCUGUAGCUCCGCGGAGGCUGUCUAACAGAAAGAGAAACGCCGGUGUUAGUGGAAAUACACUCUAUUAUCAGCUGGGCGUGCAGAGACACAAGUUAUUGGGGUGCGAGGGCAGAAGGCCUCUGCUGCUGAUCCUGGCCACGCGAUAUAGGCACCUUUCCAUCGGAUACAACGCUACUCUGUCCCCUCCUUCAUCCUCCCCCUCCUCCUCCUCCUCCUCCUGCACUGCCGCUCAAGGAUGCGAUGUGGCGCGGCUGUCAAGGCAGCGCGCUGCGCUGAGUCCGUCCGCAGGAACCUCCGCGCGGCUGCCUAGCUUGUGCCGGGCACUUGCCGUGUCUAUCACUACGCAGCCGGAGCCAUAGCCUGGCAUACAAGCAGAUAUGUCUUCCAAGGACUCGCCGGCCGGUGCUCAGUCGGCGCAGUAUGUCGGGCCCUAUCGACUGGAGAAGACGCUGGGCAAAGGGCAGACAGGGCUGGUGAAACUAGGAGUACAUUGCAUAACUGGCCAGAAAGUUGCCAUUAAAAUUGUGAAUCGGGAGAAACUGUCUGAGUCUGUUCUCAUGAAGGUGGAACGAGAGAUAGCAAUCCUGAAGCUAAUUGAACAUCCUCAUGUGUUGAAACUUCAUGAUGUAUAUGAAAACAACAAGUAUUUGUAUUUAGUCUUAGAACACGUGUCAGGGGGAGAGCUGUUUGACUAUCUGGUCAAGAAGGGUAGACUAACUCCAAAGGAGGCACGCAAGUUCUUCCGACAGAUUAUCUCAGCUCUUGAUUUCUGUCACAGCCAUUCUAUCUGUCACAGAGAUCUAAAGCCUGAAAAUUUACUUCUGGAUGAAAAAAAUAACAUACGUAUUGCUGAUUUUGGAAUGGCAUCACUUCAGGUUGGGGAUAGUCUGCUGGAAACAAGUUGCGGAUCUCCACAUUAUGCAUGUCCAGAAGUCAUACGAGGAGAAAAGUAUGAUGGUCGCAGAGCAGAUGUAUGGAGUUGUGGAGUCAUUCUUUUUGCUUUGCUGGUGGGUGCACUGCCUUUUGACCAUGAUAACCUGCGACAGUUACUUGAAAAAGUGAAGAGUGGAGUGUUUCACAUGCCACAUUUCAUUCCUCCAGACUGUCAAGCACUACUGAGGGGCAUGAUUGAAGUAAACCCCGAAAAAAGACUGACUCUAGAAGAAAUACAGAAGCAUUCUUGGUACUUAGGGGGGAGAAAUGAGCCAACUCCAGAACAGCCUCCACCACGCCGAGUCACUGUACGUAGGAUCUUGUCACUAACCGAGCUGGAUCCUGAUGUACUUGACAGCAUGCAUUCAUUAGGCUGCUUCCGGGAUCGUACUAAAUUGACCAGAGAUCUGCAAUGUGAAGAAGAUAACCAAGAGAAAAUGAUCUACUACCUUCUUCUGGACCGCAAGGAACGAUAUCCAAGUUGUGAGGAUGAAGACUUGCCUCCAAGAAAUGAUGCAGAUCCUCCAAGAAAAAGGGUGGACUCCCCAAUGCUUUCCCGUCAUGGUCGUUGUCGCCCAGAGAGGAAAUCCAUGGAGGUCUUAAGUGUAACAGAAGUGGGAUCCCCAACUCCUCCUCGACGGGCUCUUGAUACAGCUCAGCAUAGUCAAAGGUCCCGGUCUGUGAGUGGUGCCUCAACUGGACUUUCUUCUAGCCCCCUCAGCAGCCCAAGGAGCCCUGUUUUCACAUUCAGCCCAUCUGAUGUGGCCACUCAAUCGAAGGAUUCCAGGCCGCCGACAUCCACUGCACAUCGAGGCGCCAGGGGAGCAGCGGCCCAGAGAGCACCUGAUCCCAAAACUCAAACCCUACCAGCCAAAAGCAGCCUCGCAGAGAAACCUAGCCUUCACCCCAUCAAAUCCCUUCCUCUCCACGAUUCACCCUCACCUACUUCCCCUUCUCCAGCCUCUACUGCCUCAUCUGCCUCCCCUUCCCCUUUUCCCCCAGCCUCCAAUCCUACCACCCGCUUUUUCUUCUUUUUCCCAUCCUCCUCCACCUCUAAACCUGCCUCCAAAAGUGUGCCCCCUCCUCUUCCGCAGGUCACCCCUCAGCCCUCACCCCGUGGCAGUCCCUUGCCCACUCCCCUGGGCACACCAGUACAUGGUCCCCCCUCUCGAGGGGAGGGGAGCAGCGGAAGUGGCAGCAGCUGCAGUGCAGGGUCUGUUACACCCCCUUCCAGCCCUGGCAUGGCAGGCAGUGGAUCAGCACACUGGCGAAGUAGACUCAACUCCUUCAAGAAUAAUCUGCUGGGAUCACCACGGUUCCAUCGUCGGAAGUUACAAGUUCCAACAUCUGAAGAUAUGUCUAGCUUGACACCAGAAUCCUCUCCAGAUUUUUGUCCCGAUAGGUUGGCAAAGCGGUCAUGGUUUGGAAAUUUUAUCAAUUUGGAGAAGGAAGAACAAAUUUUUGUUGUGAUCCGAGACAAGCCUCUCAGUUCAAUAAAAGCAGAUAUUGUUCAUGCCUUUCUCUCGAUUCCUAGUUUGAGCCACAGUGUCAUCUCUCAGACCAGUUUUCGAGCUGAAUACAAAUCAUCAGGUGGGCCCUCUGUAUUCCAGAAACCUGUCAAAUUCCAAGUUGAUAUCACAUACUCUGAGGGAGCAGUAGAGGGCCGCAAAGACAAUGGCAUUUACUCUGUUACAUUCACUCUUAUAUCAGGUCCCAGUCGUCGAUUUAGAAGAGUAGUAGAAACUAUCCAGGCACAGCUGCUAAGCUCCCAUGACCAGCCAUCUGUCCAGGCACUUGCAGGUAUACAAGUAUUAGACGAAAAGAAUGGACAGCUCUCCAGAGUACCUGGGACUCCCACUCGUCAGAAUUCAAGGCGUUCUGAAGGAGAUGGAGCAGAGCUUCACCGUAGAGGAUCAGGCAAGGACAAGACCCGUCUUCUCCCAUCCAAUGGGACACAAGCUCAGCCAUAAGUAUGGCAAAAAGAACAAUCAGCAUGUGUCAAGGCCACCGAGAGUCUGUCGCCAUCAUCAGCCUCUGGGACAGUCAGUUGGCCCAAAUACAGGUUUUGGAACUCUGACAAUUAGGAAUUUCCAGAGAAAACCAUUGCAACUUGCAGGUGGGAAACAUAACCCUAUUAUGGAUGUAACUGGGUACAUUCUGAUCCAAACACUAUCAGCAACAAUGGACAAUGCCUUGAUGUCAAAAGGGCAGACAGAAAGAUGAACACUGUAACUGAGAUAAUGAUUUCAUGUCAGACAAGAUGACUGAUAAAUGAACAUGACAAUUUAAGCAAACGGAAGUCUUGGUGUAAGACAAGUAACACAGUGUGACAGAAGGACAGCUAUCAUUACAGCUGUGCCAGAAAAAUUUCUGGAUCCUGAUGUAAAAUGAAAUCAUAAUCUAGUAUCAAUUAAGAAAAAAAAAAAAAGACUUGCCCAAAGAUGAAAUUGGAUCAUUAUGCAAGAAGCCAGGUAAAGCCAGCAGACAUAUAAACAUAGGAAACACUGAGAGGCCAUGUCUUUGCAUUCUACUUAGCCAACCGUAUACCAGGACAAACUGAAAAAGUGAUGCGCUGGAUUGCAAGCACAGAGUCGCAGGCGUGCGACUACAGACCCAUUCCCCUUUUUUCCAGCACAGCCAAUAAUAAAGUUCUUAGAUCCCACCUCAGUUUCAGGGCUUGCAUAGUUUUAUACAUGGGUGGGCAUUUUUUUUCUAAAACUCAAUAUUGAGGGUCUAAAAACAAAAUAACCUGGCCAGUGACACAUCAAAUUGUGCACCUACUAGCUGCAGUAAAACACUUUGCCUAAAGACACUUGGACAUUAAUUUUAACUCGUGACAUCAACCAACAGACUUUUUAUGUCUGUAUUAAAUAUGGACAAGAUUGUGUUUUGCUUUUUCUUUCUUUAUUUAUUUAUUUAUUUAUUAGUUCAAAACUCAUGUCUAUUUAUUUAUGAAUUAUUUAUUUAUGAAGUGAAUCUGUUCUUUUAAAUCAUGAUUUUUCAUUUGUCCAAAAACAGAAGUUCCUUACUUGACCACACAUGUUCACAGAUGUAUGGUUAUUUUUGGUUGAUUUACGUUUAGGGUUCAGUCUCCUUAUGUGACACCAAUAGCAGAAUGUACUACUGAGAUGCUAGAAUGCUUUUCUUUUCCCCAGGUAAUAACAGAAAUGAAAAAUCCAAAUGUGAAAAAAUAAAACCUUACAAUAAUGCUUAGAAUAUCCAUAAUACUCCCUUUAUGGUUCAAUUAGUGUGGACAGUGUUACCAAGUGAAAAUGUGCAUCUGUGUAUCAGCUAGUAGACAGCAAAGAACUGAUCUUCAUCAUACAUUUGGAAAUUAAUUUUAGAAAAAAAUAUCUUACACUUACACACUCCCGCAAAAGGUGGAACCCACAGUGAAAUAAUAACCAGAUUUACUUUAUUCUCUUUCUCACACCACUCUGAAGGCUUAAAGGCAAUCGUUGCCUCAUUCAGCACUCACGGAAAUAUUGAUAAGAAGCAGUGACCUGUUCAUUUCCUAGUAACCCCUCUGAUCUGUUGUACUCUGAAGCACAUCAAGGAAAUUGCAACUUGCAUUGCAGUGCUGGAUUGGACUAGGAAAAUUCAGGUGCAGAUACCAGUGUUAUACCCCUGUCAGAUAACCUCAGGACUGUUUGUGAGUAAGUCCAACUCCUGUUCCCUUUUUGGGCAAUGCAGUAUUUCCAUGGCAUUAACUGUCAUUGUGCCUGUUGCAUUCUCUGGUGUACAAGAUGGGGUGGCUAUGUAGAAACAGUAUGUAAAGAGUCUAUGUAAAAGAGUGUGUUAUUUGAAACUGGGAGUACUGGUUCAAUUUUUUUUCUGUCCUGGAUUUUUUUUCAGAUGUUGAUUUUAUUUAUAAUAAUUUUCUAAUCUUUGUACAUUUUCUGGAAUGUUUGUACUUGCUUGCACAUGGCAUUUUUGGUCUUUAGAAAUAAGGUAAAAAGAUAAAUCACUACCUCACUACCUAUGCAGAUCUGUUCCAUUUCAUAUUAUGUGAAUAUAACAGCAUAAAACAGAGCCAGAAAGGCUUAACCUUUUAACCAGUAUUUAAUGUUUGUCAUGCCUCCACUUAGACUAAAGUAAAUGGAUAGAUAAAUAGGAUUCUUAUUUAUAUCUUCCAGGCUAUAGCCUGUAAUCCAUGUCAAAUGAUUUUGUGAGCUGCAUUAAAGGCAAAGGCAAAAAAACGCUUACUGUGUAUAACAGAUAGGUACAUGCAUGAGAUUUCUUGGUGCAUAAUCUUUUCGGAAAAGUAUUCCUGCAGAGUCAAUGCCAUUUUUAAAUAUGUAUUGAUUCAAUAAUUGAGUAAAUUGCUUUCCUAGAUGACCACUAUAGAAGUCUUUUACUGUUUCCACAGUUUCUGCAGUGCAGUUUCUUUAUUUGCAGCAAUUUAGCACUUGAUAAAAUUACAUUGAAGAACAUCAGAUGCGGUAAAUUUAAUUUGUAAUAAAUGAUGAUUAACUUCUAAGUCCUUUCUACAUUUUAUUUUUAAAGAACAUAAAUUAUGUUUUAUUUUACUCGGGUUGGAUAACUGCUGGAAUAAGGGAAAGAUCGGGUGUAUCAUUAGCCCAAGAAAGGUACUGACAUACAUUUGAAGAAUAUUCAAUUUCCAAAUUGUCCAAAUUAUCAACAUUUCUGUAGUGCAACUUUUGUAUAUUGUGAAACUUAUAAGAAAAUCUUGAGGUAAAAAUGCCAUUUGCAAGUGUCUGUGCUCUUUUUUGUUGAUAUGCCUGUUUUACCAUUGUUAGCUAUGUGUAUAUUUUUCCCCACUUUUUUCCUUAAAAUUUUAUAUCCUAGUCCCAAUCAGUUUACAGCACCAAAUGAAAAAAUGUGUUUUCACCUAAGACAGAGAGGAGUCAGAUUUUCCUGCUUGUUGAAUUCUUUAAUUCCUUUUCUUCACUGUCAUUUCCAAAACUACAUGUUCUCACAUCUAGUAAUAAUUGAUACUCAGCUGCUUUGAGGAGUUUUACUCAAAGACAAUUCCCGAAUGUUUAUUAAAUAUACUAGUACUUAUCACCAUAAUACUCUGCUAAGCCACAUGCAUCAGUGUUUGGCGUCUACAAAGGAGACUUUAUAAAUCUGAAAAAAUGCUGUGGUCUAGUUGGCUAGCAGCAUUAUAUGAUGUGGGACAGUUAAGCUACUUUGUCAGUAAACCACAAUUCUCUAAACACAUUGAGAAAAAUGUUAUAAACCAAUCAAUGUAAAAAAAUUGGAAUGUGUCUAUAGAAUGGUCAAAUAUUUAUCAAACUGUCACAAAAAUGGAAGCAUUUAAUUCACUGAUUUUUGCCACCUGCACUUAUGCUGAUAUUCAUUUGUGCAUGCAUUUUGUUUAUCUGCAGCCUUCGUUAAUACCAUAAUCACGUUGUUACCUAAAAUAUAAUAUUGCCACUUUUUCUGAUAUAGUAAUAAGAAUGCCUGCUUGAUUCUGUACUACUCAAGUGUUUGUCUGCUUUAAUAUUUACAAGGUGGAGGAAUGAAUGUAGGGAAGAACAAAAUGUGAAAAUGCUGCAUAAAGUAAUAAAUAAGGUAAACCUUUUACCAAUAAAUCUUUGUUUACACUGUUUUUCCAGUGUGCCCUCACAAAUAGGAAUGUAAUGCACUUCAGGUAAUCUUCUCUCUGCAAGCAGUUAAACUCACGUGGAAAUAUACAAAUAAGCCCUGUGUAGACCUCUCGGUGGCUCCUAGUAUACUCUACUUGUGUUGAAGUCCGCCCUCACUGUUUUUCAGGUCCAACCAAAUUAGCCACCCACCCACAUUUUAGAACAAUAGCAGGCCAAUAACUUUUAUCAUCUGGUGCGCCAGUGAAUGUUUAUUUCAGUUGACAUUAGAUUGACAUCUUAUCCAAGCAGUUGUUUGCAGAUAUUCUUAAUAUUCUGUUUUCAUAGUCAUUUUAUUUUUAUUACUGUUGGAAUAUGUCUUUUAUCUUCAUACUGAUUUUUGUCAGUGGCAUUCAUGAUACAUUACAUCAACAGUGUUGUGCCCCAGUUUUGCCCACCAUGCUUUAGUAUACAGUAGUAGGUUUAUUGGGCUCCAUAUUGUCUUGUCUACAGAGUACAAUGAAAUUUUUACUUGUAUGUGGUAAUCAACAUGCAAGAUACACACCACUUCCAGUUUCUUCUAGUAUUCAUCUUUUGCAACAAUAUUUUUUUAUUCAGGUGAUUUACAUUGUACUUGCUUUGAUAUUUUUUGGUUGUAAAGAGUCCUAAUCUAUGUCAUAUCUUUUAGUGCUGCAGUGGAGGUGUAAGUGCCAGUAGCUGAACAAAUGAGUUGAUAAGACUUAGUAGGUUGGGAGCAUGUGCUGAUUAAUGGUCUUUUAAAAUUAGGAGUGGCUUAAUAUAAUUUUAAUUUGCAAAAAUAACAAACAUUAUAGCUUUACGGAAUAGAUCUGUGGUUAAUUUACUAAUUGCUGAAACACAAGAUUCCAGAAUAUAAAUUAGUAAACAGCAUAUCAUUCAUUGCAGUUUCCUGAUUUUGACCCUAAUAUAAAUCUCAUUUUAAACGGUUCUUGUCAAAAUGAGUAUCUAACAGUUGUUCACAUUAAUAUCUUUUCUAAACAAUAACAAUUUUUCAGUGUGCUCUAAAAAUGCCUUUCAUUAAAAUGUGAUGAAUGGAAGCCUGGCUCUUAUUAACAGGCCAGUACUAAAUUGCUGUGUUAUCAGCUGC